AUGGGGAGCAGCGCAUUGUCGCCGCGCGCCUGCAUGCGGGAUCGCUUGGGGAUCACAGAGGCUCAGCUGUCAAACCCUGUGCUGCACCGCGACAGAGCCUCAAGACCGCGGUACAACGGUCCGCUGUACAAUGGCCACGUGCACACUAUCCUUGGCGCGUUUCGGCCACCCCUCGACCUUCGCGCGCCGGAGCGCGAGAUUGUGCCGUCCUACGAUGGCAACCCCACUUGUCUUGACUGGUGGUUGCCAACAGACGCGGCGGCAGACGGUGGUGCUGCCGCCAUGCGCGUUCGCGCGCUGGUCGUCAUUCUGCCGGGUCUGACGGGGAGCUCGAAGGAGCUCUACGUGCGCAGCAUGGCACGGCAGCUGCUGAAGGCGAACAUGGCCACGUGUGUGCUGAACGCGCGCGGCGUGGCUGACACUCCCCUCGAGAGGCCGCAAAUCUUCAGCGCGCUCUUCACGAAAGACCUGCGCCACAUCAUGCAAACACACUUGACGCGUGAAAGGGUGCAGGAGCGUCUGCUGCACCGCACACCACCGCUGGAGAGCAACAUUCAUCAUAAAGGCGCCGUACCGAUCAUCGGCGUCGCCUUCUCGCUUGGUGGGCUGAUCUUGACCAACUACGUAAGCGAGCAGGGCGAGGCAGAGACGCCAAGCGGUUUCGACGCCGUCUACACGAUCAUCUCUCCACACAACGUGAGCGACGGUGCGGCGGCGCUGCGGAUGCCGCUGGCCAAGCUGUUCUACGACUCCAUCUUUUAUAAAGCACUUCUCGCCUACUACAAGCGACACAAGAACGUAAUGCAGAACUUACCUGGUAUUAACAAGAAACUCUUGAUGGACGGCGACUCGCCGUUGGUGGAGCGGAUACGCACCGUGCAGGAGUUUGACGAGUUCAUCACGGGGCCGCACUUUGGCUUUCCUGGUGCGGAGGCGUACUACGCCGCCGCCAACAACUUCUGCCGCCUUCACCACUCCCGCACGCCGCAAGUCUGUCUCGUAGCCGCCGACGACCCCGUCUGUGGCCCUCCACAACCCGCGUCACGCUGGCUGCACCUGAUCGACCGGCACCGUGGUGGGCUCGUGUACGUGGAGAUGCCCACAGGUGGGCAUCUCGGGUUCCUCGGAUGCCCGUGGAGCGAGUGGACGCAGACGCCGAACGAGAUGGAGCGUUUUGUGCUACAUUCACUCAUUCACUUUAUCGAAUCUGCCGACACGACGGCUGGAGAAGCGAAGAGGAACGCGUGA